AUGUCGCCGUCGUUGAUAGCUCCGGUGGUUGAAGAAGAGAACAAGAAAUACCAAAGAGGUGUGAAACAUCUUUGUGAUAAAGGUUUGACCAAAGUGCCUACCAAAUAUAUAUGGCCUGAACAAGACCGACCCAUCUUCACAAAACCCGACAAGCUCAUCAAACCAAAACAAAACCUAAAGCUUCCCAUCAUAGAUUUCGCCGAGCUCCUUGGACCUAACCGGCCUCAAGUCCUACGAACCAUAACCGAGGCCUGCGAAACCUACGGUUUCUUUCAGGUUGUGAAUCAUGGGAUGGAGGGAGAUGUGAGCAGGAACAUGAUAGAAGUGUGUAAGAGAUUCUUUGAGCUUCCGUACGAGGAGAGAUCAAAGUACAUGACGUCGGACAUGUCGGCUCCAGUACGGUACGGCACGAGUUUCAACCAGAGCAAAGACAACGUCUUUUGUUGGAGAGACUUCUUGAAACUCUUUGCACAUCCUCUCCCUGAUUAUCUUCCUUAUUGGCCUUCUUCUCCCUCCGACUUCAGGAGUUUGGCGGCUACCUACGCGAAAGAGACAAAAGAGUUGUUCGAGAUGAUGGUGAAAGCCAUCUUGGAGAGCCUUGAAAUCGACGGCAACGAGGAUGAGGCGGCCAAGGAGUUGGAAGAGGGAAGUCAGUUGGUUGUGGUGAACUGUUAUCCUCCGUGUCCGGAGCCGGAGCUGACGCUGGGGAUGCCACCGCACUCUGACUACGGCUUCUUGACGCUUCUCCUUCAAGACGACGUGGAAGGGCUUCAGAUUCUCUACCGUGAUGAGUGGGUCACUGUUGAUCCCAUCCCUGGCUCUUUUGUCGUCAACGUUGGCGAUCAUCUCGAGAUAUUCAGCAACGGGAGGUACAAAAGCGUGCUACAUAGGGUAUUGGUAAAUUCCAUAAAGCCUAGAAUAUCGGUGGCGUCGCUACACAGCUUCCCUUUGACGUCAGUCGUGAAGCCAUCUCCCCAUCUUAUCGACGAAAGGAACCCACCACAGUAUAUGGAAACCGAUUUUGCUACUUUUCUUCAAUAUGUAUCAUCUCGCGAACCCAAGUGGAAAAAUUUCCUUGAAUCACGCAAGAUUCACCGUAUAAGAUAA